AUGGAACAAUCUGCCGAAAUAGAUCAGGUUGCAGUUAGAUUAAAGACCACUAAGUCUUCAUGGAUGCCGCUACUAAGACAGAUGUUUGUGUGCAGUGGAGUAACAUCAUACUUUUUCAUUUAUGGACUAUUUUUUGGUGCGCCGACUGUUUAUGUUCCGCAAAUACGUAAAGAAGCUAAUUCAACUGAGGCUAUUAGCAUGGAGGCAGUAUCUUGGUUAUUUUCCAUCUCCAGCUAUGGAUCUCUACCAUGGGCAAUAAUUUGUCCAGUAAUUGCACAACGAUAUGGGAGAAAAGCACCAUACGUUAUUCUAUGGAUAAACACAAUUAUAUGCGUUUCUUUACUUUACUUCAGUAAAAGUGUCACUGAACUUUUUGUAAGUGGGUUUUUACAAGGAAUGCUCCCUACUGUACAAAUAGCGGUCUCUGUCAUGGUUCUCACUGAAUAUACUUCACCCAAAUAUAGAGGAAUAUUUAUUACUUUCAAGGGUGCAACGUUCUACUGGGGUAUUUGGAUCUCUAAUGCUAUCGGAACCUUUUUCCAUUGGAAAAAUAUUUGCAUAUUGAUUUUUAUAUGCUGUAUAUACAAUAUUAGUAUAUUAUUUUGGCCUGACUCGCCCGUUUGGUUGGCAACUAAAGGAAGAUUCGAAGACUGUGCAAGAUGCCAUCGUUGGUUAAAAGGGGAAGAUGAAGAUUCUGAAUCAGAACUUAAACAGCUUAUAUCGUCACAAAAAGAAAACUUAAAGCGAAAGCAUGAACGUAAACAAGAUAACAAAAGGAACUGCUUUAUUCAAUUAUAUGACUCCGUGAAAGCCAAAACAUUUUACAUACCGCUAAUAUAUUCACUACUCACAAUAUGCCUUUAUCAUUUUUCAGGGAAGUUGGCUUGUUCUGGAUACAUUAUUGAUAUUAUUAAAACGAUAACUGCUAGUGAAUCAACAGCAUAUGAAGGAAUGCUAGUAUUAGAUGGUGUUACUGUACUGGGAAUGUAUAUUGGCGUUUUUCUUAAUAAGAUUCUCAAACGGCGUACAUUGUUGUUAGGUGCAGCGUCUAUCGGAGUUAUAUUUUUAUUUAUUUUAUCAAUAUAUUUGUAUUUAUUAAAUUUGAAUGUAUUGCUAGAAAAUAAGUAUUUCACAUUAUUCCUUUUAACAGGGUUUUCAGUAACAAUAAGUUGCGGUCCUAUGAUAAUGUCUAUGUGUUUGUCUAGCGAAAUGACACCAUUAAGAAAUAGGACUUUAUUUUUGUGUCUAUUUGCCAUUUUAAAUAAUACCGUUGCGGGAACGAUUUUGAAAAUGUUUCCUUAUAUUUUAAAAUAUUUUUACUCGCAUGGAGCAUUCUUUUUCUAUGCUACAAUGUCGUCAAUAUUUAUUUCUAUUCUCUAUAAGGUAUUACCCGAAACAAAAGACAAGACAAUUCAAGAGAUAGAGAAAUAUUUUACGGGCGAUGCCAAUGUGUCGAAAAAAGAAUUAUUAAAUUUAGAAAAAGAUUGUAACAGAAAAUUACUUCCAGAACCAUGA